AUGUCCUUCGACAUAAACUGGGACAAGCUCGUGGAAGACAAUUCUAUAAAUGAGUCUAUAAGAGAGUUCCUUGAUAGACAACUUAACCAGCUACUGCUACCGUCGUACAUCGACAACCUUACAGUCACUGAGUUCUCACUAGGCUCGAAGGCACCAGAGCUAACCAUACGACAUGUGGGGGAUCCGUUUGACGAAUUCUAUGAGGAAGAUGACGAAAAUGAAGAAGAGAAGAAUCAGAUGUCUCCUACCAUGAGUGAUCUGGAUAGCGACUCUGAAGACGAAGAUAGUGAAUAUGGAUAUGAUGGUCAUACCACUCUUAAUGAGACCGGCUUGAAGGAUACGCUUCGUGAUAUGCCACCAUCACCACCGUUGAUCCCUCACGAUCCUCGUGAUAUCUUGAGGAACUUCCAUGCAUACUCAAUGAACAAUGUGGGACUAGGCCAUCACAUAUCACUGGUGAACGAGUCAGAGACACCUACAAACAUUUUUGCACAGAAUCCACUACGCCCGGCAAUUACUCCAGGCCAAAAAGCAGUGAAAAGAGAUAGCAGUGAUCUACAAACAAUAAUAGAAAUCGACUAUGAGGGUGAUCUGACAAUGGAAGUUACUGUGAACUUGCUAGUGAAUUACCCAUCCGCUCAAUUCAUCACCCUUCCUAUUAAACUAUACAUUACAGAUCUAGUCAUACACUCGUUGGCAGCAGUGGCAUACAUGAAAAAAAGCAUCUUCGUAUCCUUCCUUUGUGAUCUCAAUGAUGCUCAAUCAGAAUAUUUCAUGAAAUCGAGAGGUCUCAGCGGCACGAACGAGAGAUCUCCGAAUACACCUUCCACAGGCGGCAAUUUUGUCGACUAUUCCUCACCAACAAACCACGAAAGAAUUGACGUCAUCAAGUCUGUCAAGAUUGAAUCUGAAAUCGGUGAGUUAGGAAACAAUGUGUUGCGGAACGUUGGAAAGGUAGAACGUUUCUUGAUAGAUCAAUUGAGAAGAAUCAUUCGUGACGAAAUUGCAUGGCCCAGCUGGGUAUGCUUCGAUCUCAACGAAGACGAUGACGAAGAAAACAGCGAAGAAGAACAAGAAGAGGAGGGCGACAACGUUAACGGAGCAGCCGAAGAGAAACCUCUUGAUUCUGAUACCUUACGCUCUCUAUAA